CGCGCCCUGCGUGCUCGCUCCCGCAGGCUGCAGGCUGCUCGCUUUGCUUGCCUCCGUCGCUCUCUCUCUCUCUCUCUCUCUCUGACUGUCURUCCGUCCUUCCCUCCUUUCCGCUCUCUCUCUCUCUCUCUCUCUCUCUUGCUCUUCCUACCCCCUCCGCCUCCCCUUUGCUGUUGCUCCCUCUCCCUCCCUCCCUCCCUCCCUCUCGUCUCUCUUGGCAUGAAGAUGGUGGCCAGCGUCCGGGUGCAGAAGCUAGUCCGCCGGUAUAAGCUGGCGAUCGCCACGGCGCUGGCCAUCCUGCUCAUCCAGGCCCUGGUGGUGUGGAGCUUCAGCAGCCUCGAGGAGGAGGAGGACCAGGGCGAGGCCCGGCAAAAGAAGGCCCAGCUACUUGAAAACAGUGAAAGCUCCAAAGAUUCGGACAGCUCCGCAGGCCGAAGGGGUGGCUUGAACAGGAAGCAUGGCCGAUGGAAGAAUCGGCCAGACAGCCCUGGGGUCCUGGUCACCAAGGUAGUGCGGGCAGUCACAGUGAAGCACAAGCCUGGGCACAGGUUGCCCGUCUACUUGGACUCCUCCAGCCAAAGGAACCUGAGUGAUCUCAGAGGGGAUGCUCAGAUGGCAGUUUUCCAGCAAGGAGACACCGGCAGCGUUGAAGGAGCACCUCAGCCCACUGAAAACAACUUCACUCCCAAGUGCGAGAUCAUGGGCAAGGAUGCCUUGUCCGCCUUAACCAGGGCCAGCUCGAAGCAGUGUCAGCAGGAGAUUGCCAACGUGGUGUGUCUUCACCAAGCUGGGAAGCUGAUGCCACGUUCUGUGCCUCGGCAGUGCCAGCUCUCAGGGAAAGUUAGCCCAGUGAUCCAGUGGGAUGACAGCAGGAUGCUCCAGGCCUCUGUCAGCCAGCCAGUCCGGAUCGCCUUCAUGCUGGUGGUCCAUGGGCGAGCCAUCCGCCAACUGAAGCGCCUCAUCAAGGCCGUGUACCACCAGCAACAUUUCUUCUACAUCCACGUUGACAAGCGUUCUACCUACCUGCACCGUGAAGUGGUGGAGAUGGCCCAGCACUAUCCCAACAUCCGGGUCACACCUUGGCGAAUGGUCACCAUCUGGGGUGGAGCCAGCUUGCUGAAGAUGUACCUGCACAGUAUGAAGGACCUGCUGGAAAUGACAGACUGGACUUGGGACUUCUACAUCAACCUCAGUGCCACAGACUACCCUACCAGGACCAAUGAGGAGCUGGUGACUUUCCUAUCAAAAUACCGAGACAAGAACUUCCUCAAGUCUCAUGGCCGAGAUAAUGCCAGGUUCAUCAAGAAGCAAGGCCUAGACCGGCUCUUCCAUGAAUGUGACUCUCACAUGUGGCGACUGGGGGAGAGGCAGAUCCCAGAGGGCAUCGUGGUGGAUGGUGGCUCAGAUUGGUUUGCCCUCACUCGCAGCUUUGUGGAGUACGUGGUCUACACCAGCGACCGGCUAGUCUCCCAGUUGCGGCAGUUCUACACAUACACACUUCUCCCAGCAGAGUCCUUUUUCCACACUGUUCUGGAGAACAGCCAUGCCUGUGAGACCUUGGUAGACAACAACCUUCGUGUGACUAACUGGAACCGCAAGCUGGGCUGCAAAUGCCAGUACAAGCACAUUGUAGACUGGUGUGGCUGCUCACCGAAUGACUUCAAACCACAAGACUUCCUGCGACUGCAGCAACUCUCCAGACCCACGUUCUUUGCCAGGAAGUUUGAAUCGACCAUCAAUCAGGAAGUGCUAGAGAUCUUGGACUCUCACCUCUACGGUAACUACCCACCUAAUACGCCAGCCCUCAAGGCCUAUUGGGAAAGUGUCUAUGACCGCGUGGAUGGGCUGAGUGGGCUCAGCGACGUCACCCUCACUGUGUACACAUCCUUCUCCAGGCUGGGCCUACAGAAAGCGAUGUCUACGCCAACACAGAAAGAGGAGAAAUUCUGCAGAUUUGAGCCACAGGGCUUCCCAUCAAGUGUGCACCUCUAUUUCUAUGAUGACCAUUUCCAAGGUUACUUGGUGAAUCAGGAAGUACAGAACUCGGUAACCCAGCAGGCAGAAUCUCUAGAAAUAUGGAUGAUGCCCCGGGGGACUCUCAAGCUGGCAGGGCGCACCAGGCAAACAAACCGUUUGCAACAUCUUGAGGUAGGAACUGAGUGGGACCCCAAGGAGAGGAUCUUCCGCAACUUUGGUGGAUUGAUUGGACCUUUCGAUGAACCCGUGGCAAUGCAGAAGUGGGCGCGGGGGCCCAACCUCACAGCCACUGUGGUUUGGAUUGACCCUGCUUACGUCAUUGCCACAUCUUACGACAUCACAGUGGAUGCAGAGGCAGAGUUCACACAGUACAAACCACCCCUCAACCGGCCUCUCCGUCCAGGCGUGUGGACCAUCCGCCUCCUUCAGUUCUGGGAGCCCCUAGGGGAAAGCCAAUUCCUGGUAGUCCCACAAACUUUCAACCACAAACAGCCUCUCAGGAAAGAUGACGGCAAGUGGCUGCAUGCUGGCCCUCCCCACAAUGAGUAUAUGGAACAGAAUUUCCAGGGUCUUGCUGGGAUCUUGAGCUUACCUCGUCUGGACGAAACUGGGAGAGCCUCCCAUCAUCACAUGCAGCUGGUUGGCCAUGCUCUGGAAAACUGGACGGACAGCAGUAUUAGCAACUUCUGGUCAGUGGCCAGCCUCUGUGUGGCAAGUCCAUCCAGCUGCUCCACCCUGGAACUCUGUAGCAAAACUUCCUGGAGUUCACUGUCCCCAGACCCCAAAUCAGAACUGGGGGCCAUCAAGCCUGAUGGGCGGCUGAGGUAGCAGGGGCAGCCAGCAGCACACUGUUCGGAUUGAGAAAGCAUUGCUCCCCACUCACAACGGGUGUGGGGUGAUCAAUUCUGCCCUUUCCUCUCCACAGGGAGACCUCUUGGCUCAGACAUCAUACUAUGAAAGGGUGCCAAUCUCAUGUGGGUGAACCCAAGAAAGGGAUCUUUAAUGAAGCAGAAAGCAAACUUGCCCAUUGGAGACUCAAUGAUGGUGCAGAGAUCCCAUCCACCAAUCUCAGGAUUGAAGAGAGAGAAGAUAUGGAUGUGGGGAGCUUGUGUAUUUAUGAAUCCAAGCUUUGGAAACUCUCUAGUCUGGCCAGUUGGCUGACAGCUUCCUGGCUUGAACACAUUUCAGCCAGCAAGCAAGCCCUUCUUGUCUGUGGACAAUGUUCUGCAAAACCAGGACUCUUUGUUCCCAUGUGGUUGCUGGCAGAGGAUUCUGGGAAAUGGCAGGGUGGGGUUGCAAGGAGAAUACGGGAAACCAGGCUGCUGCUGACUGCAUCUGGAUCUUUUGUGCAGCGAAUGUUGGCUUGACAGGCACGUUUCCCAUCCUCCCACGCCAUCCUUUUUGUCCUUAUUUUUUAUGUGUCUGUAUGUAUAUGAAAUGGAUAAUGAAAACAGAGUGCAAUAGAGUCCACAGUCACCCUGCUAUCCUCUCCCCCACCUUUCAUCUCAGUAUUUCUCAUUUUUCUUUGCCACUGUAAGAUGACCCGGUCCUACUUGAUUCUGUUAGUGGUGGGAACUGGGGGGAUAGCUGGGUUCCCUCCACAUGGUGCUGCGUGUUUGGAUCUUGCUGCUGACAUUUAUGAAAGAUUCUCUAUCUCUCCCCCUCUAAUUGCAAAUUGGAGCUAUUCCUGCCACUUGGGCCCCUGGCAACUGUACCAAGGAUCCUUUUUAAUGGAGCUGCCAAUUGUGCCAAACCUACAAACCUGCUAAUGACCCCAGCAUACUUAUCAUAAACAUCACUCUCAGUCUUGUGUGUGUGUAUGUCCUUCUCCUUUUCAUCCUGCAGCCUGGCAUAUUCAUGCAUUAGUAGUGUCUUGCAGAGUUAAGUGAAUGCUCCUGUCUGCCCCAUCCAGAAAUCCUCAAACCAGAUAGUGUGGAAUCUGAGGUUAAAAUGUGUUGUUGGAUUGCUGGUCAUCCAUUGUUUGUUUGCAUCUGUUGCCAUGCUGAUCUAAUCUGACCUGUGUCACCCCUUCCCCUGAUGGUUGCAACCCCCAAUUUCAUAUUGAACUCUGCCAAACAAGUUAAGUGGGCAUCAUUUGUGAUUCUACCCAUGUAUGUGUGUACACACACAUACAUUUCGUUUUUUGGAGAAUCUAUCCCUCUGUGAUUGUAUGCGUCCUGGCCAAAAAUGGUAUUUCCAUCCAUUUUGAGAGAACUUACCUGUAAUGAAUGUUGUCUACUGUCCAAUCAUCUUUUUCGCCUGCUCUGAUCCUUCAGGUGCAUCCCACUAUGCUAAGUGAACCACUCCCAGUUGAACUGGGGACAACCAUGUCUGGGCUUCUGUGUCUUCUUUCCUAAUUGUUGUUACAAAACAAACACGUGAAGACAAAAUGCUCUCCUUUGGAAUAUAUUUUAUAUUUAUUGUGUGCCAUAUCAAGAUUAAGGACAGGACCCAAGGGGAAGUUGUGGCCCUCCAGAUGUUUCUGGACGCUAACUCCCAUCAGCUCCAACAAGUAUGGCUAGAAGUCAUGAGCAAUGGGAGUUAUAGACCAGCAACACCAGGGAGGCACAUAUUCUCAACUGCUAAUUCAGAUGAUUUGGGAUGAAGCAGGGAGAGGUUAUGGCUGCUUCUGAAAGCAUUUUAGAAGCAUUUUCUCCUCCCUUCCCCCCAAUUUGAAAUGCACCCUGAGGGUCAGAGUUCUGAAACAAUCUCAGCAGGAUUUUAAGAAUGUUCUGGUCUCAGGGUUGUGUCUGAGCCUUUCCAGAGAAUGGCCUUCCCUGCCUUGAUUGGCUAUUGGUUUUCCUUCCUCUUGGAUUAGAAGUGCAGAUCACAUGGGAUCUCCAGUGUUAAAAGUUCUGAUUUAUAGGAGCUGUGCUGGUGCUAAACAAACUAAGAUGCGGGUUGCCAAACCCAUUGCACAGCUGAUUGGGACCAGUCCCUCACCCCAGCCACUCUAUUUCCUGUUGUUGGAGUGGGCCUCGGGGUGCAUCUCAGCCUGGCAAAAGGGACUCAUUUCCUGUGUCCUGCCUUCUGAGCCAAGGGGGAGAGCCAGGCAGAGCUCAAAUGGAAACCUAUUCCAAAGAAUGAGUGCCGAAAGCUUUUGUGUCAGAAGCAUUAUGUAAAGUUGUCUUAAAUAUGCAACAGAAAUAUAUCUAUAUCUCUA